AUGAGAGACGAGCGUGCCAGCCCCCCGCGAGUGCGUAUCGCCGUCAUUGGCAGCUCCCGUGUUGGCAAGUCGGCUCUAAUCGUUCGAUAUCUCACAAGAAGAUACAUUGGAGAAUACCAUUCAAAUACUGAUCUCCUAUACAGGCAAACAGUUCCAAUAAAUGGUACUCCAGUUGAAUUAGAAGUUAUCGAUGUGUCUGGCUCCAACGCUGACAAAUUCCCGAUGGAACAGAUUCAAUGGGCUGACGCCUGUCUCCUUGUGUACUCAGUAACAGACAGGAGUAGUUUCGAAUACGCCACAGAGAUAUUAAAUACAUUGAAAAGGACGCCCACGCAUAGCAGCCCUGCGCAUGCACCCACAGGAGCGACAUCAGGGAUGCCACUUGCUUUACUAGGAAACAAGACCGAUUUGGAUCAUUUAAGACAAGUGCCAACAAAAGAGGGCCAAGCAAUGAGCGUCGCGCACGGUGCAUCGUUCAGCGAAGCGAGCGUGGCUGACAACUCGGGCGAUCUCUACAGGUGCGUCGACCGGCUGCUAGCUGAAGUACGCACCCCGCAACGAACAAGAAAAUUUUCCGUUACGAAGAUGCUGGGAUCACUAAUAGGUGGAGCAACAAACAACAGCCAGACGACGCGUGGGUCGAUGGUAGCGUGCCCGCGCGUGCCCGCGCCGGCGCGGCCUCCACUGGCAGCGGCCGCGCCC